ACUUAUUGUUGACAAAGAAAGUGUUUUUGUACUGUAAUAUUUUAUAUUGUUCAUAAUUUAAAAACAAACUGCAAAAAAAUGAACAAUACAUACAUCAAUAUCGUAAAGAUGAAUCGAAAUUGGAAAAUCUUGGUCAUUUUGAUGUGCUCACGUCGGUGUUAAGACAAACAAUAAAAGUCAGUUAUGCAUAAUUGAAAAACAAUAAUUUCUCAUAAAGAUUUUUUUGCCGAUGUGUGGUGAUACUGAUCUAAGGCAGGUUGUGAUUUGCUUACAUUUUUUGAGAAUUACAUGUUUUGAAUAGAAAGUGCACCAUCUGGUUUUAUCUUAUUUGUGAUACAAUUGAAAUAUCUAAAGUAAAUAUUUCUACAACUACUAUAGUUAUAUAAAUAAUUAAUAAUUUGAUGUAAACUUCUAUAAUUUCUUUAACUUCUGUAAUAGAACAUUUAGAAUUUUAUGAAAAUAUUUAAUUAUGUUUUAAAUUUAAUUCGAUGUAAAAUUAGUAACAAAAAUCCAUUACAAUGAUAAUAUCAAUUGAAAAUUUUGGGGAAAUUUGUAGACUCUGUGCUACUAAGAAUGAACAAAUGAUACAUAUUUAUACUAAAGAAGGUAUACAAUAUAAUUUAGAAACAAAAAUUCAUUCAUUUUUACCAUUUAUUACUCUGACAAAAAAUGAUAUGUUACCAGAUAGUAUUUGCUUUGAAUGUGCAUCAACAUUAAUUGUAUUUGGUGAACUAUGGAAAACCAGCUCUAAUACUAAUAUACUAUUUAAAUAUUUAGUAACCAAUAAAACUAACAAAACAAAAGAUUCUAAAGAAAAUGAAAAGCUCCAAAGAAAUGAGUUAAUAUCAUAUUCAAACAAAAUGAAUGAUAGUUCCAUUAUUAAUUCUUCAAAUCAAACUAUUCAACAAAGAUUAAUUCCUAAAGUUACAAAAAAAGAUAUUUUGUUUAAAAAAUGGUCAUCAAAUACAAAAAGGUAUACAGAAACACAAAAAAAUAUUUUAAUUGGGCAAGAUGAAAUUGUAAACUUUCCGCCAUCUAAAUAUCACUCACUUCAGACACUAACUCAAAACACUUUACAUAUUGAAAAAUAUUGGUCUAUUCCUUUGAUGGAACGAAAACAAAAUUUUGGUGCAAAUAGUAUUCCUGUUAUUACAAUAAGUGAUGAUGAAGGAAAAGAAAAUGCUUAUCUUAGAUCUCGACCUAUGGCCACAAGUUCCCCCAUUCCUUGUGACCUCGUCCCAUCCGAUGAGAUUGAAAAUCAACCUAUACAGCCAUCUAUUAUAGAUCACACCUACUCUUGCCGGUCUGUAAAAGCUGUAAAUACACCCCCAUUGCUAAUAUGUGAGAAGUGUGGUCAUUUGUAUAGAUCAAAACGUCGUCUGAGUCAACAUGCAGCUAAAUGUGAUAUUGAACAACCCCCAAGAAAAAAAANGAAGAAAAAAAUGCAAUAUCUACGAUAAGUUUAAGGUAGAAUAUAAUGGAGUGGUGUACUACAAAUGUGACCAUUGUUCUUAUAUCUCACAGUCAAAGAACAACCCC